UAAAAGAUAUAUUUUUUCAAAAUUGAAAUCGCAGUCAAAGGUUGAAAAAAAAUUUUGGUAGGACAUCUCUACCAGUAUCCAACAAGUCAUUGCAGCCAAUAAACGUCAGUUAGUACAAGGCCAUGACGUCAGAAGUUGGGUUCAAUCCAGUGUCCUCUAUUAAUGAAGAAGAAUUUCAUGCCUUAAAGCAUUAUGGUCCUGUAACUUCAUUAAAAAUUCAUGAAAAUUAUAUUUUAGCUGGUAAUGGAUCUAUAUUAAAAGUAUUUAAAAUUGAAAAAAAUGAAAAGACUCGAGUUGUAUAUAGUGAAAGGGUUCUUAAAAGAAAUAAAAUCCAUUCUAUUGUAAUUAGUUCUGAGGGGAAAGUAUGUAUUAGUGGAGGUAGAUCAUUUGCUAUGAUUAAUUUUGCAGACCUCAUCUCAAAUAAACAAUUUGCAGUAAUUGAAAGAGCCAUUAAUGAAUGGAUUAUUACAACUGAAUUUUUAAAUGAAAAUACUUUAUUAAUUUUAAAUUCUCAUAAUACUAUUUAUAAAAUUGAUAUUAUUAAUAAUUUUAAAUUAAUUGAUAAAAUUCAUUGUAAUGAAAAAUCUAUUUUAUAUAGUGGAUCAAUUAGAAAAAUUAAUGAAAAUAAAAUUAUUAUUGCAGCUGGUACUGUUAUGAAUGGAUGUAUAAUAUGGGAAUUAAAUUCUCGUACUAUGUUACAUAAUUUAACAGAUCAUGAAGGAUCAAUUUUUGGUGUAAAAAUUGAUAAUAAGGGACAAUAUAUAAUAUCAUGUUCUGAUGAUAGAUCAAUUAAAUUAUAUGAUUUCCAAUCAGGAAAUUUAUUAGCAUCAGGUUGGGGUCAUGGAUCUCGGAUUUGGAAUCUUGAAUUCUUUCAAGAUACUUCAAAUGGAUUUAAAAUCAUGAGUGCUGGAGAAGAUUGUACUAUGAGAAUAUGGCAAUAUUUACCUAAUCAAGAUAUUUUACAACAAUUACAAUUAUGGGAAGAUUGUCAUAGAGGUAAACAUAUUUGGUCAGCAGAUAUUGAUGAUAUAAAUUUAAAAUUAUGUGUAUCAGGAGGUGCUGAUGGUAAAAUAAGAUUACAUGAUUUAUCAAAUCGAGGUAAAUUAAAUAAUUAUACUUUAAAUUAUUUAUCUCAACAAGCUAAUAUUUCAUUUAAAAAGAAUGAAAUAAUUAAAAGUUUUGUUGAAUUACAAAGUUUAGGUUUAUUAAUUAUUAUUACUUCAGGUGGUCAUAUAAUUUUAUUUGAUCAAGAAUCUCAUCAAUUCAAAUCACUUGAAUUAUCAUCAGAUGAAAGUAAUAAAUUUGAAGGAUUUGGGUUAAUGCAAUCAUUUAAUGAUAUUAAUGUUGUAGCCGUUAGUAGUAUUCAUGGAGAAAUUUUAAUAUUAGAAUUUACAAGUUUUAAUAUUCCACCUAAGAAAACUUGGAUUAAUAAUGAUAUUUUAGGUAAAAAUAAAGUAACAAAUUUCAUGGCUCAAUGUAUUGGUGAUACAUAUUAUCUUUUUAUUGAUUGUCCAAAUUCCAAAAUUCCAUUUAUAUUAAAGACAUUUAAAUAUAAUUCUCAAGGUUUCCAAUUAGAAAAUACUCUACUUCUUGAACAACCUCAACAAACAAGUUUUACCACUACAGAUAUGUCUAUAGAUUUGAAAAAUAAUUGGUUAAUUGUGGCUUCUAGAUAUGUUUCAUUAGCCAUUUAUGAUUUAAAUUCUACUGAAAGACUUAUACCUUUACUGAAAUUACAUAAAAAGAUUUCAGCAGGAGAUUCAAUUACUUCAAUUUCAAUUAUUGAAUCAUCAAUUCCACAAGAAAUCAUCUUAUUAACUAUUGUUAGAGAUGGAAUUUAUAUGUAUAUUAGAAUUAAUGAAACUUUUGAUAUAAAUAUUAUUCAUAAAAAUAAUAUUUCUAGAGGAUUUAUUGAAGGGGGAUAUAUUGAUAAUAAUAAUGAAUUAAUACUUUAUGGAUUUAAAUCUUCAUCAUUCUAUAUUUGGAAUGAAACGAAACAAAUUGAAUUAACUAAUGUUUUAUGUGGAGGAGCCAAUAGACUUUGGAAAGUAAUUAAGUAUAAUGAAGAUCAACACCAAAUGAUUGAUUAUAAAUUCUUAUUCAUUAAUAAAUCUGAACUUAAUAUAUUUACAUUUCAAGGUAGAUUUAUAAAAGAUAAUUAUGGAUUAAUUAAUGAAGGAACUCAUGGAAGAGAAAUUAGAGAUGUAACAAUUAGUCCUGAAUUAUUAUCAGAUAAUUCGAGACUUAUUAUGACAGCUUCAGAAGAUACUACAUUAAAUCUUAGUAAACUUUUAUGUGAUGGAUCAAUUAAGAAUAUUUGGAAUUUAAAUCGUCAUGUAUCAGGAUUACAAAAGAUUAAAUUUUUUAAUAAUAAGUAUAUUGGUAGUUCAGCUGCUAAUGAAGAAUUUUUUAUUUGGAAGAUUGAAAUGAUUAAUAAUAAUCCUGUUAUACGAGAAUAUUCUCGAUUACAACCAUCAAAUGAUAAUCCUGAUGUUCGUAUAAUGGAUUUUGAUUCAAUUCCAUAUUAUAAUGGACUUUUAAUAGCUACAGCUUAUUCCAAUUCUGAUAUAAAAGUUUGGUAUUUUGAUAUAAAUAAUGCUAAAUUUCAAUUAAUUUGUCAAGGAACUUAUUCGACAUUUUGUAUUUUAAAUAUUACAAUGUUACAAAUAGAUAAUCAUUAUUUUAUUCAAAUUGGUAGUACGGAUGGUUACCUUACUAUUUAUGAUAUUUCUCAAUCAAUUGGUUUAUCAAGUCCAGUAAGGACAAUUUCUCAAAUGAUUAUUAAACAAAAACUUCAUCAGAAUGCUCUUAAAGCCAUUUAUAUUAAACCAAUAAAUUCUUAUACAUUUAAAGUAUUUACUGGAGGUGAUGAUAAUGCAUUAAUUCUUGGGGAAUUAGUAUAUAAUCAAUCUAAUGAAUCAUUACAAUUUAAUAUCUUAAGCUUUAUUGAAGAUGCAGCUUCAUCAACUAUAACUUCCAUAUCUAAUUAUGAUGAUAAUACAAUUAUUGUUACUUCGGUUGAUCAAAUUAUUCGGAAAUGGAUUCAUACAAAUAAUGAAUUACAAUGUUUAGCUGCUACUUAUACUACGGUAGCAGAUACAGGAUGUUGUGAUACAACUACUUUCAAUGAUCAACUGAUAACAGUUAUUGGUGGAGCAGGUUUAAGUACUUGGAAAUAGU